GGGCGAGCGCGCGUGGGGUGCGGUGGGGCCGCGGCCUCUGCGGGGGAAGCGGCGGGGCCGGGAGCGCCGCGGCGGCGGCGGGCGGAGCUGGCGCUGCCCUGGGAUGACCCCCUCGGGGGGCGCCGGGGCUGCGCGGAGCGGUUAGCGGGGCCCCAAGCGGCCGGUCCCGGGCUCGCCGGGAGACACUCCAUGCUGCCCCGUCAAGUGCAGAGGCUGGGCAGAGACUGGUUUGCCCACUGGAAUAAUUCUCAAGUAUUUUCCUGGAACAGCCCGAUUUCCAACUGUAUGAGAUGGGCUGGAAGCUAUCCCUGGGCCUCAUUUCCACUUCCUGUCCCAGUUGAUUUCUCAGCAAACUGGAGGUUGCCUCCGUUUUUUGGACCUUGGAGACAAUUUCAGAACUCAAAUUGGCAGCUUGAUAACUUCACACAGAACUGUUGCUUUCAUCUAUCUAAUUCCAAUAUGAAAUCUGAGGGAGAAGAGCCAUCUACAAAAAAGAGAAGACUCAGUGGCCAGCAUGAUACUUCAACUCCUGAAGAAGAAACAAGCAGCUCUGAUCAGAAGGAAGCAUUGUGUCUUUCUGUAGCACAGAAUGAAGAAAACUGUACCAACAGGAGAGGAGCAAUCCAAAGACACUGGGAAUAUUUUUGUCAGCACAGUAGAACAAUGAAGAUCUUUGAAAAUAAAGCAACUGACCAAAGCAAUAGAGAAAGUGAGGCAAAAUUUGAUUUUACAGUCAUGUCCUACAAUAUUCUUUCACAGAAUUUGUUAGAAGAUAACUCCCACCUGUAUAAACACUGCAGGCAGCCCUUAUUAAUGUGGACAUACAGAUUUCCCAACAUUCUACAAGAAAUCAAACAAUUGGAUGCGGAUGUACUUUGUUUACAAGAAGUCCAAGAAGACCAUUAUAGAACAGAGAUCAAGUCAAGUCUGGAGUCCCUGGGGUAUCACUGUGAAUACAAGAUGAGGACAGGGAGAAAACCUGAUGGCUGUGCUAUUUGCUUCAAAACUUCCAAAUUUAGUCUGAUCUCAUCAAGCCCUGUGGAAUUUUUUCGCCGUGAUAUUCCACUCUUGGACAGGGACAAUGUUGGACUGGUGUUGCUUUUGCAGCCUAGAUUUCACUGUAAAACUAAUGCUGCAAUCUGCAUAGCCAAUACACAUCUGCUGUAUAACCCAAGGCGAGGAGACAUCAAACUGACCCAACUUGCCAUGCUCCUGGCAGAGAUUGCUAGUGUUGCCCGUCAGAAGGAUGGUACUUUCUGUCCAAUUAUCAUCUGUGGUGACUUCAAUUCUGUUCCUGGUUCUCCACUGUACAGAUUUAUAAAAGAAGGAAAGUUAAAUUAUGAAGGACUUGCUAUAGGAAAGGUCUCUGGACAAGAACAGUUUCCAAGGGGACAAAGAAUCUUAUCUAUUCCAAUUUGGCCAAAAAAAUUAGGUAUUUCACAAAACUGUGUGUAUGAAAUAAAACAGCAACAAAAAGAAGAAAAUGCAGGAGAAAAGAUGACAGAAGCAAAAUUGGACAACACUGAAGAGAUUGUAAUAGCAUCUGAAAAGUUGUCUUCAAAAUUACAGCACCAUUUUAAACUAUCUUCAGUCUAUUCUCAUUACUUCCCUGAAACUGGGAUGCCAGAAGUAACAACCUGUCACUCCAGAAGUGCUGUCACUGUGGAUUAUAUUUUCUUUUCUGCAGCAAAUGAUGAUAUUGCUGCCCAGCCAGGAGCAGAGGAUUCUUUCAGUGGAGGUCUGAAACUUCUUGGUAGGCUGGCACUUCUAACAGAGCAAGAUCUUUGGACUGUUAAUGGUCUCCCUAAUGAAAAUAACUCUUCUGACCACCUGCCAUUGCUAGCGGAGUUCAGACUUAUCGAACGACUUAUUACAGGGAUUAUUUUGUGCCUGGAGAAUAAAGCAAGAAGUCCAGUGAUGGUAAUCACAAACCAGUUGAAUUGAAAAGUCAACUUCAUACUGAAGAUGAUGACCUAGUCAAUAAUGGACUCGGGUUAGAUACUUUAAACCAAGCAUGAUCAAAGCUGGAGCAAAAACUUCCCAAGAUACAACAUAUACUUU